AUGCGUACACGUACGGGGAGGGGGUGGAGCCACUGCGUACGUCGCGGGAGGGGGGUUUGAAAAGUCGGCAGAAGAGAUUUGUUUUUACGCAACACGUAUAUAAAUAAACACGGAAGCGUAUUGCUGACGAUCCGAAAACAAUAGUUUAUCUUAAACGACUUAGUCUCGUUUAAACGACUUAGUUAUCUCGUUUAGACGAGAUAUCUACACUUUGUUUAAACGGGAUAAUACGCCGUUUAAACGAGAUAAAAUAAUUUUUUCGCGUUGGCAGCAAUGCGCUUCUGUAAAUAAAGGCUGUAAUCGUGGCUUUGGGGGAUUUCUUGAUUUCGAAGUCCAGUCCAACAUUUCAAAAGGGGAAACUUCACGUAGCAUAAAACUAGUCUCCUUUCAAGAUUUAUUAUCCCAUAAGAGAGUACAUGACCUCAGAGCUAUAACUCGGAGCCCAAGACGGUGAUGUAAUAAAAAAACGCGCUUCCAGGAUCCCAGGAAGGGAUGACGUGUUUCUCGAUGACAUAGACAGUGACGGUAGCUGUGCAAGUCUAGUACGGUCGGCGAUCCAGCAGCACUGUUCGUGUCAACAUUCUGCUCUACUCCGCAACAACUGUCUGAGAUCUGAGCCCAGCGUUGGCCUCCACAACGACCAGAAAAGAUGGCUGCGUUUCAUCGGCCCGCAGUCACGUACGUAGCUUUGGGCUUCUGUUUGGGCCUGGUGACAUCCAGGUUAUUCGGGGAUUCGGUCACACUGCUCUGGGGACGCAGCCGCCCUGUCGAAACGAAUGCGCACGUCGAAUGCAGGUACCCUAAUUCGGCAUCAAGAGCGAUGCAAGCUAAUGAAAUUAAAGAGCCAGUCGGGCCUACCAAGUUGCACGUUCCUAGAACAGGAGAAAACUCGAGGGACGAAACGGCAAGCGAUGUCAAACAAAAGGACCGGAGCCGAUUUGAGCCCGGGCCAGGCAGUGCCGAGGUCGGGCCCAAGGAGAGCGCACCGCAGUCGCCCAGAAAAAUCCUGCUGGAUUGCGGCGCUAACGUGGCGUCGACCGUGCUGCUGUUCCGCGAAACCUACCCCGGCGGCAGAGAUUUCACCAUCCACUCGUUCGAAAUCGACGACCGUCUGGCUCCGUACUUCAAGCCGUACGACAAGCAUCACCUACACUGCCCAGUCGGGGUUGCUGGCAAGAAUGGGAACAUGACGGCGUACUCGGAGAUGACCUGGGGUCCCGGCAAGGGACUAAAUCACGGCGCUGACAUGCAGUGGGGCGGGGGCUCUCUCUUUGUGUCGCAACAGGAAAAGAGAGACGAAAAGAAAGGUGGGUACCGUCAGUUGUCUUACCGGAAGACAAUACCGGUCAUUGAUCUUUCGCAGUGGAUUGUGGACAAUUUUUCGAAAGAAGACUACAUCAUCUUCAAGCUGGACGUUGAGGGCGCUGAGUACGAUAUUCUGAGGAAGAUGAUAGACAACAAUGUGCUUGCUUACAUUGAUAAAUUCUACGGAGAGUUUCAUGACUGGCAGCCCACGGGCUGGUCCAAAGCUGACAAGGAUAAGAUAAGGGCCGACUUGCGGAAGGCCGGCUUUGGCAUUGUCGACUGGGUCGGGGAACGCAGGAAAUACGGCGAUAUUGAGAAAAUGAACCCCGUCAAAGUACCGCCUCAAAUAUCCGGGGAGGCUGGAAAGAUUUACUCGAAUUGUGCGAGCGGGUCCGUGGCUCUAACCGUGGCCGUUGGCAUGAACUACAAGCGGGCACGGCGGGUCGUCGAGACCCUGGCCGCCCACAGACUCAAGGUACCAGUCACGCUCUUUGUCUACGGGGACUUCGUGCAGAUGAACCCCGAGGCCGUCAAGGCCUGGGCGAAGGACUUCGACAUCGGCCUGCGGGAGGACGGCCACAAUCCCCCGGGCCACUUGGAGCUGAUGCCUGACAACUGGAUCCGCAUGGGUCUGAUCAGCGCCAUCCUGCGCCUCGAGGAGAUAGGCGUGACGGCCUCCUAUUACCUGCCCACCGUCAGCGGGGAAGUCACAAAGACAAUACUCGGAGAGGCGAAGAAGAGGGGCCUUAGGGUCGUCAAGGCGGCGGUAGAUUUUCCCGCCAAAGCAGGUACUUCAGGGGAGCUGACGUGGGACAACUACUACAAGAACCGCGAUGUGGAGCGGGUGCCCAAAGCCCUGCGGAAGAUUCAUGAUGCCCUGGCCAAAAACUCCGGGGGUGUCCUAACCCUCGACUCCGACCUACCGGACACGUACAUGAACUCGGUCUUUUUGCUGGACUACCUGAUGGAGACAUCGGGAUUCAAGAUAGUGCCCUUGGACGAGUGCAUCGCUCGGUCCCGAUAGUUAGGACUGUGGGGGGGGGUCGCUUUACGUUUCCUUCUGUCGUUUGGCGAAUCAAGGAAGACAAAUUUUAGACACCACUGAGCGGUACACAUUGUGACCGGAUGGCGCGUGGAGGUCGAGUCCUUAGCGUCCACCCGUCGCCGUCCAUUGAAACCCCAAAUGAGCCCAUACGCGGGAUCUAUAAUUUCAACGACAGUCUUGCUAUCUCGGUGACCGCUGGUGAUCCAACUGUGGCCCGGUUCGUUUUGGGAGAACUCAGUUUUGUUUUACGUGUCUAUAUCCUUCUACGCCAGGGGAAUUCCUUUUAUAAAACAAACCAAUGCUCAGUUAUGGAUCGAGAGGCCUACUGCAGCUCGAAAAGCAGGACAAAUCGUGGACUUAUGAGGCACCGAAUGAAAUGGAGUCGCGCGGGCUUUGCCUUUGAACGCCGAUGGGAGUACUGGCUCUUCAGUCAGUAUGUCGACAUCAGUUGUUAUAUCUUGAAAAAAUUUGUCGACCAGGUGUCGGCCUUUAAAAAGAACUUACUGGUAUUAAGAUGCUGGGACUUCUGUGAGAAGCGGCUUGGAGUGGUUGGUUCGGAACCAGGGGCAUCGCACUUGACCUGUGGUAAACCGAAUAUUCGAGAUUGAGCUAAUCGAAAGAAUUCUUGCCCCUGACAUCCAGACUAUGACCAGUGCUAGUGGCAUGGCUAUUCUUUUUUUCCGGAAGUGAUUUUUCCAGUCUUUUUUAAUGCAACGAUGAAGGAAUCUUCACCCCUAAGAAGAGUGGUAGUGCCCUUUCUGAAGUGUUGGUUUUUAAAAAGUAUCUUCAGAGGGUAAUUUCCUCGAUCCCCGAAUCCACCUGUGAAUGCCACUGCUAACAACCGCCAUGUUUGUGUGAGGAUACUUUCAGGCAUAGGCGUGUGUGAUGACUAAAUAAGCCUACUGCGAGUUAAAUUUGAAUAAAAUCUGAUAAACUGAGUUAUCCGAUUGCACAUAAAUCAUUUGAAUUCCCCAGACUUAAAGACACUGUUGCUAUACCUCAUGAUUUGGGGCAAGCAACCUCCAUCUCUGGAAUGG